AUGGCCUCUGAUAUAAUUAUGAAUGAAAAAAUCAGUAUUCAGAAUAUCCUGUUUACAAAGGCAAUGCCUAAUUAUAAAAUACCUAUACCCACUGAUGGAUACAAAGUUCACUCUUGUACUGAUUGUGGAGACAGGUUUUUGUUUGAGUCUAGCCUAGAAGUACAUAUAAACAGAAAAUCUUUCAUGAUCAAAUACUUAUGCAGGUACUGUGGGUGUCUAAAUGAAUUCUUUAAUAGGUGCCAGUUUUUAUCACAUAUACGCUCUCAUGUGACUAAAACUGCUACAAUAAACUUAAGUGAUAUAAAGGUGGAACCAUUACCAUUAAUAACAUCAGUGGUACAGAGUUCUCAACACAACCAAGAAAAUGAUACCUUAAUAACUAAGCACAUUAAAUAUGCAUGUUUUGAAUGUAAGGAUGAUAUAGCUGUUACUGGAAUUCUUGAAAAAGACAGAGCUUUACAUUACAUGCGAACAACAAGAAUGCUGACAUGUCCUGUGUGUUUAUUCACAUUACCAUCAUCAUGUGCACUUAUUGCCCAUCUUCGUAUACAUUUAAAAACUCCUCCAUUCAUUUGUUCAGAAUGUGGUGCAUACCUUAGCCUUAGAACCUGUAUGUACCCGUAUAAUCAUGAUUGUGAUGGUUUUAAAAUGAUGAGAGUAACAUCAAGAAUAAAAUGCAUAAAUAGUACUUGUCCAGCAAUUCAUCCAAAUAAUUUUCUUAUGCAUUUGAAAUCUUGCCAUUUAAACAAAAUAUAUAAAUGUCCUAAUUGUUAUCUAGCUGGUUACAGUGAAAAUGCUGUUCUGAAACAUGUAAUGAGGUGUUGUAAUAAAACUAAGUAUUCAACAUAUUUUGAAUGUCAGCGCUGUCCUGGAAAUUUUCUAAGUUCAAGUCAAAUUCAUAAGCAUCUUGAUAAGCACUUCCAGGUGACUCAAAAAAAUCGUGAGAGUCAAAUAUUCCCCUGCUGGAGUUGUGGUUUAACUUUGUCUAAUGUGUAUGAUUUUCUCAAUCACCAUAUAUCUAAACAUUGGUCCUAUACUAACAAUAAAAUAUUAGUAAAUGUUAUAAAGACUGUUAAAUAUGAAAACUGUGAUUCUUGUCAUAAGACAUUAUGGUAUUGGCAACAGAGCCAUGAAAGAUUCAAGAAAUGUUUUUAUUGCAUUCUUAAUGGCAAUCCAGAAACUAUAUUUGUGGAAAGCUUCAGUAAUCAGCUUAACAAAAAUCAUAAUAUAAAGUGCCAUGUAUGCAAAAUUGAAGUAAAUGAAAAUUGGGAAGAUAUUAAAAAGCAUUUUAACCAAUUUCAUAAAAGUAUCAAAUAUUUAGACUUAAAAUUGGUUGUAAGUAAAUUAAACUCAAAGAGUUUUCAGAAAUAUGCAAACAGGUCACAUAAUGCAUCAACAAAAAAAAUUACCAAACAUUUUAAACAGAAAAAAAGACCAAGUACAAUUAAACCACACUAUAAUAAAAUCAACAUUAAUAAUUCUACAAAAGAAAUACUUAAAAAAUCCCACAACUGUUCGAAGUGCAACUACAAUACUGAAGAUAUAAUAUCUUUUGAAUCCCAUAUAAAAACUCACAGGGAUCCAGAUAUGGCUUACCAAUGUAUGGAAUGUGGUAAUUGUUUAGCAGUAAAACCAUCAUUUUCCAAACAUUUACUAUUGGAACACAAUAUACCUGAUGUAGAGUAUUAUGUUAAAAAUAAAGAUUGCUUCAAUAAAGCAGCUUUUGAGAAAACAAUGAAAGUCCUACCAGAGGAAAAUUUGCCACUUGAAGAAAAUCAGUGCAAUGUGUGUAGAGAUAAAUUCAUAGAUUCCAACGGCUUGGAAAAACAUUAUAGAGUUCAUGGUAUGGCUUUCUUAAUUAAAAACACACAAAAAUCUAAGAGCCCACAAAAAGAAAAGGAUAAUAUUUUUAGAUAA